GUCUUCGCUGUGCCUGACUGGAGACUUCAACAUGUCCCGGGUUCUGAUCGUGGGAGCGGGUCUGACAGGUAGUCUGUGUGCGUGUCUGCUGCGGAGGAACAUGGACAACAAAGUCCACAUUGUGGUCUGGGACAAGGCCAGAGGUUCUGGUGGAAGGAUGUGCACGUCUCGUCCUCCUGACUCCCAGUCUCACUCGGCGGACAUAGGAGCGCAGUACAUCACGGCCACACAUGAAUAUGCUCAGUCUCACCACAGCCUGUACACAGAGCUGGUGGGUGCGGGGGUGCUGCGUCCUCUGGACUGUGUGGUAGAAGGACUGCGACACCAAGAGGGGAGUCAGAACUACGUGGCACCACUGGGCAUGAGCAGUGUGGUCAAACACUUCCUGUGUGAGUCAGGAGCUGAUUUGUUCUUGGAGCAUCAUGUGACUGGCCUGUACCGCCACGGUGCAUCAUGGGAGGUUCACAGGAAGCAUGGCGCCAGUGAGCGCUUUGACUCGGUCAUCCUGACCAUGCCUGUACCUCAAAUACUGCAGCUGCAAGGAGACCUGCCACAACUGCUGUCUGUCCAGCAGAGGGCGCAGUUAGAAGCAGUGAUGUAUUCUUCACGCUUCGCCUUGGCGCUCUUCUUCCCACCUGGCGUGGACAUCAAGGUGCCGUGGGCCGUGCGCUACUACAACAACCAGGGUGACAACAGCGAGUGUAUCUGCUACGCCACCGUGGAGCCUCGUAAACGCGGCACAGAGGGCCACGCCCCCCUGGGUCCAGCCCUGGUGGUCCAUAGCAGCGCUCCCUUUGGCCUGCAGCACCUGGAAAAGGAGAAGGAGGAAGUUGAGCCCAUGGUCUUGAGGGAAGUCUACAGGCUCCUCCCCAAUCUGCCUCAGCCAAUCAGCAUCAAGUGCCACAAGUGGAGGUACUCACAGGUGCUGACCUCAGUGGCGGACUGUCCGGGUCACAUGACCGUCCUGGAGCGCCCCCUGCUGGUGUGCGCGGGCGACGCCUUCAGCCACUCCAACUUUGACGGCUGCGUGGAGUCUGCAGUGAGCGUGCUCGCUGUCUUCAAGGCAGGAAGUUAGCUCGCCACCUGACUGAUACUUUCACUUUCACAUAUAUACUUUAUUCACUUGACACCACACCUGACAUCAUCUUUCACACACCUGACAUCAUCUUUCACACACACCUGACAUCAUCUUUCACACACCUGACAUCAUCUUUCACACACACACCUGACAUCAUCUUUCACACACCUGACAUCAUCUUUCACACACACCUGACAUCAUCUUUCACACACCUGACAUCAUCUUUCACACACACCUGACAUCAUCUUUCACACACCUGACAUCAUCUUUCACACACCUGACAUCAUCUUUCACACACACCUGACAUCAUCUUUCACACACACCUGACAUCAUCUUUCACACACACCUGACAUCAUCUUUCACACUCCUGACAUCAUCUUUCACACACCUGACAUCAUCUUUCACACACCUGACAUCAUCUUUCACACACACCUGAAAUCAUCUUUCACACACACCUGACAUCAUCUUUCACACACACCUGACAUCAUCUUUCACACACCUGACAUCAUCUU